AAUACAUUUGAAAAAAUAUUUGGUCAUUCUCUUUGAUUUCAUGAAAUGCCAACAAAAUGGUUGAAAAUGGGCAAAUUUGACUUUGUUGGUUUAUGCCUUGUUUUUCUCCUAAGCAAUGGAAUUGGAUUUGUGGUCUCUCAUGGCCAAACCAAUGAACUUCAUAUUCCACAACAAGCUCUAAGGACAUCUUACCACUUUCAACCCCCAAAAAAUUGGAUGAAUGAUCCAAAUGGGCCAAUGUACUACAAGGGAGUGUACCACCUGUUUCAUCAGUACAACCCAAAUGGAGCAGUCUUCAAUCAAAAAAUGGUGUGGGCUCAUUCAAUUUCACUCGAUUUAAUCAAUUGGGUUCAUCUCAAUCCUGCUCUAGAGCCCACCCAUCCCUUCGAUAUCAACGGUUGCUGGUCUGGCUCUGCCUCCUUCCUCCCCGGCAACAAGCCCGUAAUUCUCUACACUGGAAUUGAUUCCAGUUUCAACCAGGUUCAGAACCUAGCAAUCCCCGCCAAUUUCUCAGACCCCUUUCUCGAAAAGUGGACUAAAUUCCCCAAUAAUCCCAUCAUUUCUCCGCCCGAUCACGUCCUGGGAGAUAGAUUCAGAGACCCAACAACGGCUUGGCGUGGCCCAGAUGGAGGGUGGAGGGUCGCCAUUGGAGGCCAGACGAGCGAUGGAGGAGGAGCGGCGAUGCUUUACAGAAGCGAGGACUUCAUUCGUUGGAAUCUGCUCAGGUUUCCUCUUUAUUCUUCUCCAGAUUCUGGAACUUGGGAGUGCCCUGAUUUUUUCCCUGUGCUGCUUAAUGGAACGAAUGGGGUUGAUUUUUCAAGUGGGUUUGGGAUUGGUGUUAAGCAUGUGAUGAAGGCUAGCUUUAACUCUCAUGAUUAUUAUACAUUGGGAAGUUAUGCCCCUGAGGAAGAGAAGUUCACUCCUGAUUCUGGUUCUGAUUUUGGCUUUAGAGGAACCAACUUAGGGUUGAGAUAUGAUUAUGGGAAGUUUUAUGCUUCCAAGACAUUCUAUGACAGCUCCCAGAAGAGGAGGAUUUUGUGGGGUUGGGUUAAUGAAUCUGAUAGCAGAGAAGAUGAUAUCAAGAAGGGAUGGUCUGGACUGCAGGCGGUUCCUCGGAAGAUUUGGCUAUCUAAAACUGGAAGGCAGUUGAUACAGUGGCCAGUUGAGGAAAUUAAGGCUUUACGCAGAAACCAUUUUAGCUUGAAUCAUAAAGAACUUAUAGGAAGAUCAACAAUGAAAGUUCCUGGUGGCUCGGCCUCACAGGUCGAUGCAGAGGUUUCGUUUGAAUUUCCGUACUUAGAGGAGGCCGAGAGAAUGGACACAAGAUGGGUUGAUCCCCAAUUGCUGUGUAGUGAAAGAAAUGCAUCAGUUAACGGGAGAGUUGGGCCCUUUGGUUUGUUGGUUUUGGCCUCCAAUGACUUGUCUGAACAAACUGCAGUAUUCUUUCAUAUUCUCAAAGCUCAUAAAAGAUAUGUAGUGCUGAUGUGCAGUGAUCAAAGCAGGUCGUCUUUCAGAAACAGGGUAGAUAAAACCACUUAUGGGUCAUUCGUAGACAUAGAUCCACGCCACGAAAAGAUAUCAUUGAGAACGCUGGUAGACCAUUCCGUUGUCGAGAGCUUUGCAGGGGAAGGAAAAACUUGCAUCACUUCCCGAGUAUAUCCAACUUUGGCUGUCGAUAAAGACGCCCGUUUAUAUGCAUUCAACAAUGGAACUCAAAGUGUAGUGAUUUCCAGUUUGAAUGUUUGGAACAUGUCAAAGGCUCAAAUCAAUGAGAACCAGCCCUGAAGAAGAAGCUCUAUGCCUCAAAUUUCAUUGCUUUUGUUAGUUUCUUGUUUGCAAAAUAAAUGAGUUUGUUGUAAUCUUUUGUAUCUGAAAAAUUCACUCUUAUUAUUUUGCUUAUUUGAGAGUAGGGUUCAAUUGCCAUUU